CUGUGCGGUGCCGUCUGUGCUCACGGCAACUGAUCUCGCCGAUCAACAAUCAUCUUGGCUCUUGCUAUACGAGCAGGGCCCAGGAAAGAGAGCUCGUGCACUGCUGCACUGCUGCUGCUGCUUGCUGCUGGUGUUGCUGCUGUUGCUGCUGCUGCUAUCAAAGUUCUGCAAGGGCAACUGUCAACGGUUUCUCUGACUCCGUGUAUGUUAGAUCUGUAAAGAGUUGCCAAGAACUGUGCGCUACACCAAGUCGCAAACCCCCCGUAAUCCCCUUCCUUCCCCCAACACUUGUACAAUGGUGCAAGCACUAUCAAGCUACGACGAGAACAAUUCUGCUUCACGAACGCGUAUCACUUCGCGGGCCAAUGCGAGGGACGACGACGGCGCCGGAGGGGUUGACAGCGACUCGUCCGACUCCGAGGACGAAACUUGGAUGCUGCGGGACAUGGCUUCCGUGAGACGUGUGCAUGCCGAUAGGAUGCGCGCCGGUGUGUCGGCGGCGAACAGGGAUUCGUCGCCAGCAGCAGGAGGGGAGGCGGCGGCGACGGCAAGGGUGUCGGUUGGGAUUAGGGAGCAAGGCGCUGCUUCCGUCGGCUUGACUGCUGACGGAGAACAAGCAUUGGAGGGAUCGCCAAUCUCCGGUCAAUUGGAAAAUCCGAAUGGCAUCGAAAUUGGGCCCUCAGGUCUACGUGUCCUGGCGGACUAUAGGGCCUCGAUCACCGACCGGGCCAGUCAACCUGCCCAUGUCAUACGAACCCCUCAGAACGUCGAAACCUUGCCUAGCAGCGGAGUCGUGACCGCAACGCCAACAGCGAAUCCACCAAGACGUGGCGAGCCGGUCGGGAGGAGCGCGGCAGAGGUUUCGACCGGCGACAUCAUGCAACGCAUAAACACCUUUGCCGCUUAUAUCACCAAUACCGGCGAGAACGGUACAGCACUCUACCGUCGCUCCAGCGUCAGCUCGAGCCCGUAUAACGCCGCCCCACCCAUGGCCGACGGCAACACAACCACAACCACAACACCCACGACAACCAUCUCUGCAGCACCCCUAGACCGCAACGCAUCCUCCUCAUCCACCACCCGUUCAUCCGAAAGCCCCGACAAACUCCCCCCGUACGUCCGCAUCGUCGUCGUUCCCGUCCCCAACGCACCAGCCCGCAUCGAGCCAAUACCGUUCAAAAUCCGCCGAACGACCCCAUUACGCAGACUCAUGGACAAUUUCUGUCGACGCGCGGGAUGUAGCACGAUUUGGUCGGAGUUUCUGUUUGAGGGCGAGCAGAUUGGUGGCUGGAUGACGGCGGAGGAGUUGGGGGUUGAGACGGAUGCGGUCAUUAGGUGUGUGGAGAGGGUUGAGAGGGUUGGGAGGUGAAGAUGGGGAUACCCCCGGCGUUCUUUCGAUUUCGCGGUG